AGCGCCCCCGCACGCCGAUCAGGGGGAGGGUGCUAUGGAUACUGGAGAGCUGGGGCAUGUGCAUGCUGCAAGUGGUGCCCGAGGGACGGUGCAAGACCUGCAUCGCAAGCACCUCCUGGCCCUGGUUGCGCGUAAUGACGCUGAGUAUUGGAACUUCAUUCCCCGAAGUUAUUACCUGCCGCCGGAGAAAGCUGGCGUCACGUCAGAGUUCGAGACCUUCCUGUUGCUAGGCACAUGUAGUGUAAGUGGCAAGUGGCUACGAGCGAUCUUGGCGCUCUGUCCCGAGGCAGGAUUAUGAGCUUUCCCGGAGCCUUGCGCUUUUGCAAGAUCAAGUGUUGUCAGCAAAAGCUGGCACCUCUCGAGAGUACGAUGAGGCUUCGCUUCAGCUUGCCCUGGAUGGAUGCAAGUCGCUUCUGCCACAGGCUGCAUGCUAUUCUGGCGGAGACUCCAUUCUUCUGCAAGCGGUUUGCAUCUUGGAGGCGGCGCAUCGCGACCCGCUUUUGCAGAUGGGGUUGCUGAGGAAGAACUGGUGGCUGCUGAAGCCUGUGGAUGGCGCCAAUGGCAAGGGCAUCCACCUCCUGACAGAUCUCCACUUGGGCGGCUCGCCGAGCCUGCCCAUGGCGGAGUGUCGUGGCCGUGCCGCGCAGGGCUACAUCGUCCAGAAGUAUGUGGAGCGGCCCCAUUUGCUGGACCCAGCGCAGAUGGGCGAGGCAAGCAACGCCCCAAGCGCUCUGUACAAGUACAAUCUGCGCAUUUUAGCAGCCAUUCGCUGGGAUGAGGUGCCAUCAAUCUGGGUCUAUGAGGAGGGCUACAUCAAUCUUUGUGCUGAGCCGUAUGCGCAUUCCGAAGCUGGCGCACAUAUAUCCAACCUACCGGGCGUCUGCAAACGCAUGUGGUCCACUCGCAUGUUUUCAAAAUACCUAGCAAGAAGCAACGCUGACGUGUGGGGUGACCACGUGUUGCCGUCCAUCAAGAAGCAGAUCUCCAGGAUUGUGAGCGCAGCCUCCCCGCUGCGAGGGCCAAAGCCGUCGCCUGAGAGAACCCGUCAGCCCUGGAAGCGAUUUGGAUUUGACUUCAUGCUCGAUGAGGACUUGCACGUUUGGCUGAUCGAAGCAAACCAUCGGCCGGGCAUGAGCUGCCCAAAAGGUCCUGCGGGGGAGGAGAAGCGCAGCCUCUUGGAACGGUUCUAUGCGGAUGAGCGGCAGCUGUUUGGAGAGCGUCUAGAAGAGAAGCGAGACGACGGGAUUGAGAGCAUUGGGCAGUUUCGACGCGUUCCGGUAGCCGUGCAGCAAAAGCCCAGCACAAGUUUUGCGUGUGAGAUGUUGGGACUUUGUGAAGUUGCAGCUUGAGGCUAGAGACCCCGGCAGCUGAGAGGGGCUCAGCUUCGGAGGAUGUUGGGGAGAGCAGGCUCCUGCGACAGCUUCAAAGGCUAAAAUCAGUCCAGGCUGACCCGGAGAAGUUCUGGGACGGCGAUGCCUCGGGCCCCGAGCCCGAAGGGAACUCCUCGGCUGCGUCUCGCAGCCAGAUGAAGGGGAUGAAGGCAUUCCUCAAGAGGCAUUGCGAGGCCUGGGACAGCCCGCUGGCCUCGAACCUGCGACGUGAAUGAGCUUGCUGCAAACAGCUGGCAGCGAGGGAGUGCCAGCUGUUUUCUCGGUGUGCAAUGCGGGCAUUGCGCUGACGCAUUUGGCUCAUUUGGCUCAUUUGGCUCAAUGGCAGGAGGUUCUCC